AUGAUAGGGUGCCAAUAUAAACCACUCUUGAAGGAGGAAAUGAAGGCAAAUACUGCAGUAGCAGACCCGAAUGCGCGAGGGCAAAGUAGGGCCAAGCCUGCCUGGUUUUGGAGUUCCAACUUGGCAGGCGAUAUGCAAGACAACGAACGGAUGGUAGAGUUUCAUCGCAUCAAUUGGCUUCGGGCCAGGGCCAGGUUUCACAGAUGA